AUGUCUAAUUGGAAUUUUGAUUUAGGAAAGCAAUCCAAUAAGGAACUUCCUGAACCUUUUGGCUACUGCAAAAAGUUCGAAAUUGAAUCAUCUACCACUACUCAAAAGAAUAAAAAAUAACUCAUGGAAAAGAAAUUAUGGGAAGUAGCUACAGGUGCUAAAGGACAAAUAUUGCAAGUUGUUUUUAUGAAUUUUAUGAUGGGAAGUUCAUUAAAUAUCUUCAUGAUUUUCUUCAUCUUCUAAUCAGUUUACUCUCCCAUUAAAAGUAUUAUGGGCGUUCAUGAAGUUUUUAUGAACUAUGAAGGUUAAGGAAUUAAUUUAUUAUAAUACAAGCUCAUAUAUGCUGGUAUUUAAUUAGUUUUGGUUUCUAUUGGUAUGUACAAAAUUUACACACUUGGUCUUUUGCCCCUUUCAGCAGCAGAUUGGAUAGAUAUAGUACCUCUUCACUAACAACAAGAUUAGGUGUUUUCUUUAGCAGGUUGA